AUGUCCACAGUGUUUAAGAAGACUAGCUCCAAUGGGAAGUUUUCCAUCUACCUGGGGAAACGAGACUUCGUGGACAAUGUGGACACUGUGGAGCCCAUUGAUGGAGUAGUCCUUGUUGACCCUGAGUACUUAAAAGGUCGAAAGAUGUUUGUCAGGUUGACAUGUGCUUUUCGAUAUGGCCGUGAUGACUUGGAUGUGAUUGGUCUGACCUUUCGCAAAGAUCUCUAUGUACAGACCAAGCAAGUGGCUCCAGCUGAACCCACCAGCAUCCAGGCACCCCUCACAGCCUUACAGGAGCGGCUUCUGCACAAGCUUGGAGCCAAUGCCUAUCCUUUUACACUUCAGAUGGUUGCUAACCUGCCCUGUUCAGUAACACUGCAGCCUGGGCCUGAAGAUUCAGGAAAGCCCUGUGGGGUUGACUUUGAAGUGAAGAGUUUCUGUGCAGAAAAUCUGGAAGAGAAAAUCUCUAAGAGUGAUUCUGUGCAGCUGGUGGUACGGAAAGUGCAGUUCUCAGCCCUGGAACCAGGCCCUGGUCCCUGGGCACAGACCACUCGCAGCUUCUUUCUGUCAUCUCAGCCCCUACAACUCCAGGCCUGGAUGGACAGGGAGGUUCAUUACCAUGGAGAAGCUAUUUCUGUACAUGUUUCUAUCAACAACUAUACCAGCAAGGUCAUCAGAAGAAUCAAGAUUGCAGUUGUCCAGAUCACAGACGUUGUCCUGUAUUCACUAGACAAGUACACGAAGACUGUGUUCAUUCAGGAGUUCACAGAGACAGUAGCUGCUAACUCCAGCUUCUCCCAGACCUUUGCAGUAACCCCACUCCUGGCUGCCAACUGUCAGAAGCAGGGCCUGGCACUGGAUGGCAAACUCAAGCAUGAAGACACUAAUCUGGCCUCUAGCACAAUUCUUCGACCUGGAAUGAACAAGGAGCUUCUGGGGAUCCUGGUGUCCUACAAAGUUAGAGUCAACCUGAUGGUGUCCUAUGGGGGCAUUCUAGGAGGUCUGCCAGCAAGUGAUGUUGGUGUGGAGCUGCCACUGAUCUUGAUCCAUCCAAAGCCAUCUCAUGGCACGAGAGCAGUGGCUACCAACUCGGAGGACAUAGUCAUUGAAGAGUAUAUGCAGCAGAACAGCCAGACACAGAGCUAGAAAGCUCCAACAGCAGACAGAGUUAAUAAGAAGAGCCGAUAGCCUCUCUCUGAUAAUUCUGUGUGGAAGCCCCCACUGCAACACUCUAAUAAAUCGAUUUGUC